AUGGCUAAGGGUCUUUCCCACAUUGCUGUGGUCCUGGCACACAGGGAUGAUCUAUUAUCUGACUCCGAGUCCCCAGGAGGCUUCUUCAAGAAGCUGAUAGGUGGCACUGAGCCAGGCUUGGGAGCACAGUGCACCGUGGGAGCUCUGCUGUCACGGGCCCACCUGUUCUAUCUCCCCACACCACCUCAGCUUCCUGGGGUCCCUCAGAGCCUUUCCACUCUUCGCUCAUGCUUGCCCCCUAGGCUCUGCCCAGGCUGCAUCUUAGACUGUCUGGCGGGUGCCCUGGCCCUGUGGGCUCACUCCCAGCUCUCUCUUCGUUUCCACACACAGAUUCGAGAAGAGGACAAGAGCCCCCCUCCAUCCUCUCCUCCCCCCUUGUUCUCAGUCAUCCCUGGGGGCUUCAUCAAGCAGCUGGUUCGAGAGACAGAGAAAGAGUCCAAGGAAGCCAGGCGGAGGAAAGAGGCAGCACUCACCACUCCUGAAGUAGAGACCCCAGAAGUGCCCGCUAACCAAACCAACAAGACCAACAAUGUCCCCAAGCCCGGAAGCCAGACUUCCCAGGACAGCUCAUCUGCCACUCAGAAGAGCCCAGACAUUCCAGACAAGGAAACUCCAGGGGCUGGUGACAAGAACUCCGUGCCUGUGACCGGCACCAGUGGGAUGCCGCAGGAGUCACAUCCCACGGGAACGCCGGCCAAAAGGACACUGCCCCUCAAGAGGGGCGUGAGGAGGGGUGACGUGUUGCUGAUGGUGGCCAAGCUGGAUCCAGAGUUGGCCAAGCCGGAGCAGAGAAUCCAACCUCGUGAUGCCCCCAUGGACAAGACCCCAGCCCCAGCCAAAGACACUGGAGGGACAAAGAGAGGGGCAACCACGGGGACUCCCUGUGGCUCCCAGGCCUCCACGCCUGAGAAGGCAAAGACUGGAGGUGUUGGAGACACAGGCCAGGGCACAAAAGGUGGGACGUGUCAGGGCACAGAGGGAAAGGGGAGCCGGGACCCCCAGACCAACAAGCAAGAAGAAGGUGACUCCCAGAGCACAGAGGAGCGGGGGACCAGGUCCCAGGGCCAGGAGGCAGGAAACAAGGGGCAGCUGGGAACGGCAGAGGUAGAAGGAGGGGGUCCUCUGAAGAAGAUGGAAAAGGGGGGUGAUCCCAAGGAUGCAGGGCAUAAAGCGAGACCUGUUGAGCCCCCAGUCCCCAUAAGGAAGUGGGGAGGCUCCCUGGGCCGAAGGAGCAAGUGGGACAGUCCUCAGAGCAAGAACAGAGAAAGUGAACGGCAGAGCAGUAGGGAUGAGAAGGCAGUAGACAGGGGCUCUAAGAAGCUGGAGACACCAGGGAAACCCCUGGAACUGCCCAGGAUCGCAGCAGAGACUCAGAGUCCCGAGGAAAGGUGCAAGGCCCCAGAUGGGAUACCUACGAAGGGAGCAUUGGCAGAGGCUGCAAGGAGGGAGGACCAGCCAGAAAAACCAAGUGCAGGGGCUGAGGAGCCUCGUGCGCACACAGACGAAGUGGAUGUCUUGGAGCCUCAGGCAGAAACUCAUAUAGAGUCUGUUUCGGAGACCGGCAUGGAAAGGCCUUCUUUGCCAAGGUCCGUGGAGGAGGAGCCGGUCCUGCAGGACCCAAGAAGAGGGGACCAGAGCGGAGGAGACUCCAGCCAGGCUUCCGAGGACAGGUGGUACGAGGCACAGAAAGUCUGGCUGGUGCAGAAGGACGGGUUCACACUCGCAACAGUGCUCAAACCAGACGAGGGGACAGCUGACCUGCCAGCUGGGAGGGUGCGGCUUUGUAUCGAUGCUGACAAGACUGUCACCGAGGUGGAUGAGGAGCUGGUUCACCGAGCCAACCCCUCCGAGCUGGACCAGGCCGAGGAUCUGGCUUCUCUGGUCAGCGUCAACGAGUCCAGCGUCCUGAACACGCUUCUGCAGCGCUACCGGGCUCAGCUGCUGCACACCUGCUCGGGACCCGACCUGAUCGCUCUGAAGCCCAUGACCACAGUGCCCUCUUCAGGGAAGGUACCCCGAGGCCGCCAGGAUGGCCUUCCUGCCCAUGUCACGUCCCUUGCCCAGCGUGCCUACUGGGCGCUGCUGAGUCAGAGGAGAGAUCAGAGCAUCGUGGCACUGGGCCGGAGUGGGGCCGGGAAGACCACCUGCUGUGAGCAGGUGCUGGAACACCUGGUGGCCAUGGCAGGCAGUGUGGACAGCAAGGUGUCAGUGGAGAAGCUCCGGGCCACCUUCACUGUCCUCCGGGCCUUUGGCUGUGUGUCCACUGGCCACAGCCGUAGGGCCACCCGCUUUGCCAUGGUGAUGUCCUUGGUCAAUGCCAUGGGCCGAGUCACAGCCGCUCAACUCCAGACGAUGCUUCUGGAGAGUAGUCGUGUGGCCCGGCAGCCGCAAGGGGAAGGCAACUUUGAUGUUUUCUCUCAGCUGCUAGCUGGACUGGAUGCCGAUCUCAGGACGGAGCUGAACCUGCACCAGAUGGCAGAGAGCAGCGCCUUCGCAUGGGCGUGGUGGUCGAGGUAGCCUGAAGACAAGCAGAAGGCGGCAGCUGCAUUUUCCCAGCUCCGGGGUGCCAUGGAGCUGCUGGGCAUCUCGGAGGGUGAGCAGCGAGCCAUUUGGCGGGUGCUGGCGUCCAUCUACCACCUCGGUGCUGCAGGGGCAUGCAAAGUGGGCCGGAAGCAGUUCAUGCGGUUCGAGUGGGCCAACCAUGCCGCCGAGGUCCUGGGCUGUGACUACGAGGAACUGAACACUGCCACGUUCAAGCACCACCUUCGGCAGAUCAUCCACCAGAUGACGUCAGGGCCACAGCACCAGGGCCUGGAGGACAGCGAAGGCUGCACAGGGCUCAAGAUGACGGGUGUGGAGUGUGUGGAGGGGAUGGCCUCUGGCCUGUACCAAGAGCUCUUCGUGGCGGUGGUCUCCCUCAUCAACAGAUCUUUCUCCUCCCACCAUCUGUCUAUGGCUUCUAUCAUGGUGGUCGACUCUCCAGGCUUUCAGAACCCUCGGCACCAGGGCAAGGACCGGGCGGCCACCUUUGAGGAGCUGUGUUACAAUUACGCCCAGGAACGCCUGCAGCUGCUGUUCUACCACAGGACCUUUGUCUCUACUCUGGAGCGAUACCAAGAGGAAGGCAUUUCGGUUCCCUUUGACCUCCCGGAGUCCUCUCCAGGAACUACGGUGGCUGUUGUGGAUCAGAACCCCUCCCGGGUCCACUUACCGUCUGGAAGAGGUGCCGAGGAUGCUGGGGGCCUUUUCUGGGUCUUAGAUGAAGAAGUCCGGGUGGAGGGCUCCAGUGACAGUGUGGUGCUCGAGCGCCUACGCGCAGCCUUUGAGAAGAAGGCACCUGGAGCUGAAGGACCCCCUGCACUGAGGACCUGCGAGCAGCCCCUUCAGUGUGAGCUUUUUCACCAGCUGGGGCAAGAUCCUGUGCGCUAUGACCUCACAGGAUGGCUUCGCAGGGCCAAGCCCAACCUCUCAGCCAUGGAUGCCCCUCAGGUCCUGCAGCAGUCAAAAAGGGAGGAACUGCAGCGGCUCUUCCAGCCCCGGGCCAAGCUGCCUCCUGUGUGCCGUGUGGUGGCAGGGCUUGAGGGCACCUCUCAGCAGGCUCUGCACAGGAGCCGCGUGGUGCGGAGGGCCUUUGCCAGCAGCCUUGCUGCAGUGAAGAGGAAAGCGCCCUGUGCACAGGUCAAGCUGCAGAUGGAUGCUCUCAUCAGCUUGCUGAGACGGUCUCGGCUGCACUUCAUCCACUGUCUUGUGUCAACCUCAGUGGAAAGCAAGGCUGGACUGGGGGCUCCAUCACCACCACAGCCCGGAGAGAACCAAGGUGGAGCCAACGAGCCCCCAGCUCUGGACAUCCCAGCACUGAGGGUUCAGCUUGCAGGCUCUCAUAUCCUGGAGGCAUUACGGCUGCACAGGGCAGGUUACGCUGAACACAUGGGGCUCGCUCAGUUCCGCCGUCGGUUCCAGGUGCUGGACCCUACACUGCUGAAGAAGCUUGACUUGACCUCUGAGGGGCUGGAUGAAAGGGAGGUGGUAGAAGAACUCUUGCAGACCUUGGAUCUGGAGAAGAAAGCAGUGGCUCUGGGGCACAGCCAAGUUUUCCUCAAGGCGGGCGUGAUCUCCAGGCUGGAGAGGCAGCGAGAGAAGCUGGUGUCCCGUAACAUUGUUCUCUUCCAAGCGGCUUGCAGGGGCUUCCUGUCCCGCCAGGAGUGCAAGAAGCUGAAGAUCCGCAGGCUUGCUGGGCAGUGCAUCCGGAAGAACCUGGCUGUGUUCCUAGAGGUCAGGGACUGGCCGUGGUGGGGGCUCCUGGCGUCUCUCCGGCCGCUGCUGAGUUCCACUCUCGGCACAGAGCAGCUUCGAGCCAAGGAGGAGGAGCUGACGUUGCUGAGACAGAAGCUGCAGAUGGCGGAGAAGUCGAGGAGCGAGCUCAGACAGAGCAGGGACCUGCUGGAGAGCAAGAUCACAGACUUGACCUCAGAGCUUGCGGAUGAACGCUUCAAGGGUGAUGUGACCUGCGAGGCACUGGAGAGCGAGCGGGCAGAGCGGCUUCAGGCCCUCCGAGAGGUUCAGGAGCUCAAGGCUAAGUAUCAGCAAGUGCAGGAUGCAUUGGGGGAAGCCCAAAGGCAACUGCAGGAGGCCCAGCAGAGGAGCCAGCUGGCCAACUUGGAAGAGAAGCAAGCAGGAGGAGCGGAUGAGUGGCAGGUACGCCUGGACUGUGCUCAGAUGGAGAACGACUUCCUACGCAAGCGCCUUCAGCAGUGCGAGGAGAGGCUGGACUCAGAGACGAAGGCCCGGACAGAGCUGGAGCAGAAGCUCAGGGAGCUGCAGAGCGCGUAUGAAGAGGUCAAGAAGACGGCUCACCAGCUGAAGAGGAAGUGCCACCAUCUCACCUGGGACCUGGAGGACACUCGGGUGCUGCUGGACAACCAGCAGAGCAGCAACCAUGAACUAGAGAGGAAACACAAGAAGUUUGACUUGCAGCUGGCCCAGGCGCUGGGGGAGUUGAUGUUUGAGAAGAGCCUCAGGGAGAAACUGAGCCAGGAGAACAGUGGAGUGCGCUGGGAGCUGGGCCAGCUACAGCAGCAGCUGGAGCAAAAGAGGAAGAAGCUGGGGAAACUGAGGCAGGAGGUGGAAAAGCUGCAGAGCCAGAAGCGGGAGCUGCUGGGCUGUGCCUCUGUCGGGGAGCAAGGCGUGGCCAGCCUGAAAGAGAGGCUCUGGGAACUGGAGUCCAGCGCCCUUGAGCAAGCCAAGGUCCACAGCCAGCAGGAAAACACCAUCAGGCAGCUGGAACAGCUUCGCCAGCGGUUUGAGUUGGAGAUUGAGAGGAUGAAGCAGAUGCGCCAGAAGGACCGAGAGGACCGGGAGGAAGAGCUGGAGGACGUGCGUCAGUCCUGCCAGAAGCGGCUCCACCAGCUGGAGAUGCAAUUGGAGCAGGAAUACGAGGAGAAGCAGGUGGCUCUCCAUGAGAAGCGUGACUUGGAAGGCUUGAUUGGAACUCUGUGUGACCAGAUUGGCCACCGUGACUUUGACGUGGAAAAGCGUCUCCGCAGGGACCUCAGGAGAACGCAUGCUCUGUUGUCUGAUGUUCAGCUCCUUCUGGCUACCAUGGAAGACAGCAGGACGUCAGUCAGCAAGGAAGAGCUGGAGAAGGUGCACAGCUUGCUGGAGCAGAGCGAGGCCAAGUGUGAGGAUGCACUGAAGACCCAAAAGCUGCUGACUGCGGACUUGGAGAGCAUGCACAGCGAGCUGGAGAGCAUGACCCGGAGCAAGAGCCUGGUGGACGAACAGCUGCACAGGCUGCAGUUUGAGAGGGCAGACCUCCUGAGACGCAUCGAUGGGGACCAGGAAGACCUGAAUGGCCUCAUGCAGAAGCACAAGGACCUCAUCGCACAGUCUGCUGCUGACAUUGGACAAAUUCAGGAACUACAGACACAGCUGGAAGAAGCCAAGAAAGAGAAGCAGACGCUUCGGGAGCAGCUGCAGGUGGCCCAGCUUCGCAUCCAGCACCUAGAGCAGUCCACCGUGGACCGGGCCAUCGUCAGCAGGCAGGAGGCUGUCAUCUGUGACCUGGAGAACAAGACGGAGUUCCAGAAGGUGCAGAUGAAAAGAUUUGAGGUCCUGGUGAUCCGCCUCCGGGACAGCCUGAUUAAGAUGGGUGAAGAGCUGUCCCAGGCAGCCAAGUCGGAGGCCCAUCAGCGGGAAAACAGCCAGUAUUAUCAGCGGCGCUUGGAAGAGAUGAAGGUGGAGAUGCAGGAGCUGGUCCAGCGGGAGGAGGAGGCCGGCCGGCGCUGCAUGGAGCUGGAAAAGUACGUGGAGGAGCUGACAGCUGUGAGGCAGACGCUGCAGACAGACCUGGAGACAUCCAUCCGACGCAUCGCAGACCUGCAGGCAGCCUUGGAAGAGGUGGCGUCCAGCGACAGUGAUGCAGAAAGUGUCCAGACGGCAGUGGACUGUGGCAGCCGUGGCAGGAAAGAGGAGGACAACGCCUCUGUCACCAGCUCCCAGCCAGAGGGCAGCCUGCGGUCCUGGAUGAGCUGUUCCCUCUCCCUGGCCAUGGACACCGUGCGGACCCCCUCUCGACAGUCGGCCGUCGGCAGCUCUCAGCUCAGCCCCAGGAUGAGUGAAGAGCCUGAGAGGCUGAGACCAGCAUCCUCGUCAGCCUGGGAGGCUCCCAGAGAGACUCCCAGGGGUGGUUCUGGGUCUCUCCACCCAGUCUUCCCACAAAAGCCCUACCAUUUGGGGGAUGAGGAAGGAUUUGUUGUCCACAGAAAAACCACCCCAGAGCGACCAGGUACUCCGACCUCAUCUCCCACCUCUCAGAGCAGGGCUAUGUCACCCCCGCCCAGGGACAAGCUGCCCAGCCCAUCUGCUGCUCUCUCAGAGUUUGUAGAAGAGCUCCGCAGGAAGAGGGCUCAGAGGGGCCAGGGUUCCUCUUUGCAUCUGGGGGACGCACCCACGCUCCCCAUUUUCCAGACUACCAGGGCUUCCUCACUUAGGAGGGGCAGAGCCAGCAGCGAUGAGGGAGACUGCUCACUGAGGACCACGGCAAAGUCUCCUCUGGGAGCAGAGGGGGCCACAGCUGGCCUCUCCCGGUCCACCAGUCUCAAGUGCGUCUCCUCAGAGCUGCCUGGCAAACAGAAGACACGGUUUGGUUCCUGCGAGUCCCUCUUAGAGUCAGGACCCAGCACGUGGAGAAAGCUGAGCUCCCCCAUGGCGCUCAGGGACCCACUCGUAUCCCCUACGCUGCGGCCCAGGAGGCGGUGCCUGGAGUCCUCGGUGGACGACGCCGGCUGCCCAGACUUUGGGAAGGAGCCUCUUGUCUUCCAGAACCGCCAGUUCUCCCAUCUGAUGGGAGAAACACUGGACAGUGACCCCUUCAGCUGGAAGCUUCCAAGCCUCAACUACAAAAGCCAGACCAAAGUGGACUUUGACGACUUCCUUCCGGCUGUCAGGAAAUCCGGCACUCCUUUGUCGGGGGCUGCUGCCAAAGAGGAGGAGGCCUCAAAACACCAAGGUGUCCGCUUUGAGGCUGCAGCAGGAGCCGCCGGCCGCUCCUUUCUCUCGGGGAUCAAAACCAUUUUGAAAAAGAACCCAGAGCCCAAGGACCCCGCUCAGCUCUCCGACUCAUCCUCAUCCUCCGGCUCCAUUGUGUCCUUCAGAAGUACAGACAGCGUCAAGAGUGGUCCCAGGGUCCCAAGGCUCCAAGGUGACGGUGGUGAGCAAAUGUCCCCCGAGCACAGAGAGCCUGGCCCUGGGAGAAGAGGUGAUGACGAUGACGACGACGUCGAAAGCAUUAUGAGAAAGUAUCUCCAGAAGUAGGGACUCCCGCAGGUAAGGACGGCAAGCCUCUCAGGGGAAGUGGGGUUCAACUUUAACCCUGGGGUGGCUUGCUCCAAGGUGUCAGAGGCCGUAGCUGAUGUCACAUGGCACUGUAAGAUGCAGGAGGAUGGCACCAGAAAGCAGAGGGUCCUGGGAGAUGGCGCUAAAGGCAGUGCCAGAGGGGCUGGGGAGAAAGCUCCGUGGGGAGAGCGCUUUCCCACAAAGAAUAAGGACUCGAGUUUGUAUCCCCAGCACCCACGUAAAAGCCAAGCAGG